AUGGUUGAUCCUGAUUUAAUAAAUGGUCAUUCAUCCUCGGAACCAUUCUUACCUGAAUUCGAUGUUCGUAAUUCAAGCAAUGUUAUAGAUGUACUUGAAAUUAUAAAAAUUGCUAGAAUUAUUAUAAAGGUUAAUGAUUAUAUAAGCCCAUUAUUUUAUAGAGUAGCUAUAAUACCUAUUAUAAUUGGUACAAUACUUAAUUGUCUUUCUACAUAUUGUUUUGCUAAAAUGUAUAAGCGUAGUUCACAAAAUAUUUAUUUACUUGUCCUAUCAAUAUGUGAUACAAUUAAUUUACAUCUUAAUUUUACUUUACCAUUAUUACGGCAAUAUGAUACAUUUGAUAGUUAUUUUCGUCAUAUGAAUAAAAUUUGUCUUUUCAAUGAUGUAUUAACCGAAUUUUUUUUAAUAUUUCCAGCAUGGAUACUUGUUUUAUUAGCAAUUGAUCGAUUAAUACAUAUAUUAAGUCCAUCAAAACGUCAUUUAUCAAAUUCAAAAAGACAAGCAAAAAUAUCUAUACUUAUCUUAAUGUUAAUUGUCAUAUGUUUAAGUCUAUAUCGUCUAUUCGAUGUGAAAGGUAUUGAUCAAUUUAGUGUAUUUGCUAUUGUAGCAUGUAAUAAUGGUCAAGAUUCAUCAUUUGCACUUCUAAGAUAUAUUAAUUUAAUGAUGUGGACUAUAUUUCCUAUAUGUUUUACAUUAACAAUAAGUUUAAUAAUCAUCUAUCAAAUAAAAAUAUCAACUCAAAAACAUAAUUCAAAUCAUUCUACUGCUCAUUGUACAUUAAAAUGUAAUCAAUCAACUAAAAUAACUAUAUUCAUAUCGAUUUUAUUUCCAACAUUUUUUGAUAUACCAACUGCGAUUAUUACUGGUCUUGAAAUAUUUUAUGAAUAUAAGAAAGAACCACUCUAUAUGAUAAUUAUGCAAGUUGCAAAAAAGUUACCGAUGCUUCUCUAUGAAAUAAGUUUAUCCUGUAAAUUUUUUGUUUAUAUUAUAGUAUUUCAACAAUUUAGGAAGGUACUGUAUUUAUUAUUUCACCGUUUGGCUCGUCGUAGACAUUCAUCUGAAUUAGAUCGACACAGUUAUGUAUAUGUAGAUAAUGGUUUCAGACGUCGAACAAUUCGUUUUCGUUCUAAUAAACAAUCAAUUACGUUUUCUGAAAGUCAUAGUAAUUCAUAUACAAGAAGUGUUGAACAGCAUCAAAAUAAUUUUAAUAAUCGUUAUCAAUCAACAAGUAUAUCAAGAAUACAUCAAGAGUAUCCAUCACUGGCUAUAACUGUUGCCGGUUCAAAUGAAGAUCUUUUUAUGUCAUCAUCAUAA